AUUGGUAAACACACCUGUCAAUCUUUACCCGCUUCGGCGACGCCUUCUGUACAAAUGCGACGUUAGCGGGUUUUUCGGGUAUCAUUCGCGCUUUCUCUCCUCUGGCUGAAGGGUGUGUGUUUCUCUGACACACAUUGUGUCACCGCAGAGAGGAUAAACUCGGAGCUGAAUAACCUGCUGGUUUCCUGACACGAGAAACACUCCAACUCCGCCAGCAUGCACGUUAUCAAGCGAGGUGAGUUUCUGUUGUUUUGGUGUUAGUGUUAGCAGGCUGAGCCUCUAAUGUAAACACUGUAAAUUCACCUUAGGGGAUCAAACAACAAAGGGGCACCUGCUGCACCUGCUGCUCAGACUUAUAGGUGUUGAAAGAUGAAACUGAAACUUUAUCAACAUAAAUCUGUCUAGGAUGUUUAACUUUAAGCUAGCAUGUGCUAAUCAGUUACUUAACCUGCUCCAUGUCGAGGAUCAUCGGGCCUUUCGGAGGAAAAUUCAGAUUAUUUAAGAGAAAACGACUCAGUGACAAGCGGAAAAUGCAUGUGAUUUUAGUCUUACACUCACUCUGAUGUAUUUUAUGGAGAAGGUUUGAAGUUAUUUUGCUGUUUCUAUAGGCUGGGUCGCUUUUCUUUGUGUUAGUUGGCGCCAAAAUUCUGACACAGGUCGACUAUGAGAGCCGGACUGGACCUUAUUCUGGUUCUGGUACCAAGAUAACAGGGUCAUCUAGCUCAUGGGGCUGGAUAAGAGGAGCUAAAGCCAUGAUUUAAGAGUCCAGGUGAACCCUUGGACUACAGAGAAGAGCUCCUUAAAAGUACUGACACAUGAGUCUCUUUGUUCCUGGAUUAAGUUAAGCUGAUGUUACUGUGGUAAAGAUGUUUAUCUUUACAAUCAAAUACAACCUUUUUUAUUUCUAUUUCUACUGUAUAUUCCCGUCUUUAUUUCUAUUAGUGUUCUUUUAUUAUUUUAAUCACCAAAACACCAAGACAAAUUCCUCUACUUUGCAAUAAGUUAAGUUUAAUAUAUUUAGUCUGUAUUUAUUGUAUAUAUUUAGUCUGUAUUGUACAUAGUUCUUCUUUAUAUAUAAUUUUAUUUUGUGUUUUUAUUGCUGCUGUAACAUGGGAAUUUCCCAGUUUAGGAUCAAUAAAGUAUAUCUAUCGAUCGAUCGAUCUAUCUAUCUAUCUAUAAACCUGAGUCUGACUCAAAUAUACAACUACAUCCUUAUAGAUUUAAGAAGCAAAAGUUUUGCUUCAUGCUUCAGUUUUUAUGAGCCACUGCGGAUAGUGUCUCUAGAUAAGGCUACCUUCCUGCAACCUUGCAUCAUCUCAACAUUUCAGUGACAACAUCAUUCACUGUCAUUCAGCAAUAGUUUAUGCAAGGCUAUAAAAUGUAGGGUUCAAUAUAAUCAUAUUUUUUAUCUUUUGAACUUCGGGCAUAUUGUCCAGGGGCAAUACUUCUUAUUUUUAACUGAAGGGAAAUUGUGGAUGCAGGAGUCCAACAAUUUUUAAAAGAGUUCUUUACACCAUAUCAUCGCCCAUUUUAGUUGUUUAGUAACUUAACCAUUAUUAAUCCUAGAACACUAUCGUUAAAAUUAGUAACACCAUCACUAUCGCUGGGUGAUUUUUACCCGAAAUAAUAUACCCAAGAAAAAGUACUUGUCAUGAAAAUAGUACAAUACAUGACAAAUUAAAGUAGUUUUCUUUUAUUUUUAACUGUGCAAUGUCCAAAGGGAGGAAUAACAGUGACAUUAGGGGACCAUAUAAAAAUGCAACAAAAUAACUGAGAUUAGGCAUUCAUGAACAAAAAAUAUAGAAACUGUGAACUUAGUUUCUUUUCCACCCAUUCCUGAGGCAUGUCAGUCUUUCCUGUUGAAGACUCUGGGUCCUUGGCACAAUAACCGCUGCAGGAGAGAGAACCAAAAUAUGGCAGAUUGACUAAGUGACUAAAAUAUUAAAUAAAUAUUAUUCAUAACCACUGCGCUAAAUAAAAAUAGCAUGCAAAUUCCAGGACCACUCUUAGUGACCUUAUUCCCUAUAUAUGCAGCUAUCAAAUCCACCCAAACCUACUUUACCUUCUAUCACUAUUACCAGGUGAAAAUCACCCUGUGAACACAUGCCUGUAGGAAAAAGCAGGUUUUGGAUCAGGAAAACAAAUAUGCCUUCAAAGAUGUCAAAGGCAAUGCCGAAGCUACCCAGGGACCUAUGAUACUCAGACAAACCCAACAUAAUGAAAAUCAUGUAAACAUGUUUGUUUGGGUGAAAAUCACCCGGCGAUAGUGUUCUAGGGUUAAUCAUCAUGAUUUGACCUUAAAUACUAUAAGGAUAAUACUGUUGGGCUUUAGUUUAAAUACCCAGGAGUUUGGUGGGCUUUUCUUCAAGCGUUUCUAAGGUUUUGUAGAGUAAUUUGGUCUUUAUAUCUUUAAGAAGUAUUCUGUCCAUGACUGAAAUUUUCUGUACAUUCUGGUGUUUUUGUAAUGGCGCUAAACAGAUAUGUUUUUAUUGUCCUCCCUCAGAUGGACGCCAGGAACGCGUCAUGUUUGACAAAAUCACCUCUCGCAUCCAGAAGCUGUGCUAUGGCCUAAACGCUGACUUUGUGGAUCCGACUCAGAUCACCAUGAAAGUGAUCCAGGGUCUGUACAGCGGAGUCACCACAGUAGAGCUCGACACGCUGGCAGCUGAGAUCGCUGCAACUCUCACAACCAAACACCCCGACUAUGCAAUCCUCGCUGCCCGUAUUGCCGUCUCCAACCUUCACAAAGAGACCAAGAAGGUGUUUAGCGAAGUGAUGGAGGACCUGUACAACUACGUCAACCCCCUAAACAAACGCCACUCGCCCAUGAUCUCCAAGGAGACGCUUGACCUAGUUCUUGAGAACAAAGACCGCCUUAAUUCUGCCAUAAUUUUUGACCGAGACUUCUCCUACAACUUCUUUGGCUUCAAGACUCUGGAGCGCUCCUACCUGCUGAAGAUCAACGGCAAAGUGGCCGAGCGACCGCAGCACAUGCUGAUGAGAGUCUCUGUGGGAAUCCAUAAAUCUGAUAUAGAUGCAGCCAUUGAGACUUACAACCUGCUGUCGGAGAAGUGGUUCACUCAUGCCUCCCCUACUCUCUUCAAUGCAGGGACCAACAGGCCACAGCUGUCCAGCUGCUUCCUGCUCGCCAUGCAAGACGACAGCAUCGAGGGCAUUUAUGACACGCUGAAGCAGUGCGCCCUCAUCUCCAAAUCAGCCGGAGGAAUUGGUGUAGCCGUCAGCUGCAUCAGAUCGACGGGGAGCUACAUCGCCGGCACCAACGGCAACUCAAACGGGCUCGUUCCCAUGCUGAGAGUUUACAACAAUACGGCUCGUUAUGUCGACCAGGGGGGUAACAAGAGACCAGGGGCCUUCGCCAUGUACCUAGAGCCUUGGCACUUUGACGUGUUUGACUUUCUGGAGCUGAAGAAGAAUACUGGAAAAGAGGAGCAGAGAGCAAGAGACCUCUUCUACGCCCUGUGGAUCCCUGACCUGUUCAUGAAGAGGGUGGAGAGCAACCAGGACUGGUCCCUGGUGUGUCCCAGCGAGUGCCCCGGGCUGGAUGAGUGUUGGGGGGAGGAGUUUGAGAAGUUGUACACCUCCUAUGAGAAAGAGGGGCGGGUGAAGCGCGUGGUAAAAGCUCAGCAGCUGUGGCACGCAAUCAUUGAGUCGCAGACUGAAACCGGCACACCGUACAUGCUGUACAAAGACGCCUGCAACAGGAAGAGCAACCAACAGAACCUGGGCACAAUCAAAUGUAGCAACCUCUGCACGGAGAUCGUCGAGUACACCAGCCAUGAUGAAGUAGCUGUGUGCAAUCUGGCCUCCAUCGCUCUGAACAUGUACGUCACCCCUGAGCGGACUUUCGACUUUAAAAAGCUGGCGUUCGUAACCAAAGUCAUUGUGAAAAACUUGAAUAAGAUCAUUGAGAUAAAUUACUAUCCUGUACCAGAAGCUGAGAAGUCCAACAAGCGCCACAGGCCAAUUGGACUCGGCGUCCAAGGUUUGGCUGACGCCUUCAUCCUCAUGCGGUAUCCAUUUGAAAGCCCCGAAGCUCAACUGCUCAACAUCCACAUCUUUGAGACGAUCUACUACGCCGCCCUGGAAGCCAGUUGCGAGUUGGCCGCUGAGCUCGGACCCUACGAGACAUACGAAGGUUCUCCAGUCAGUAAGGGCAUUCUGCAGUACGACAUGUGGGAGAAGACUCCAACAGACCUUUGGGACUGGAAGCUCCUGAAGGAGAAGAUCUCCAAACACGGCGUGAGGAACAGCCUGCUGCUCGCCCCGAUGCCCACUGCAUCCACCGCCCAGAUCCUGGGCAACAAUGAGUCCAUCGAAGCCUACACCAGCAACAUCUACACCCGCAGAGUCCUCUCAGGAGAGUUCCAGAUCGUCAACCCUCAUCUGCUCAAAGACCUGACGGAGAGGGGGCUUUGGAACGAGGAGAUGAAGAACCAGCUGAUCGCGCACAACGGCUCCAUUCAGGUAAUGACCAAUCAGGAUGCAGAUCAGCAACAACAGUUUUUGUGGUUCUUCAUCACGCUGAUUAGACUUCAUGAACAUAAUUUAAGAUGUUAAAUAAGACUUUCUUUGUUCCUCAGGCCAUUAAUGAGAUUCCAGAUGACCUGAAGCAGCUGUACAAAACAGUUUGGGAGAUCUCCCAGAAGACUGUGCUUAAGAUGGCGGCUGACCGUGGCGCUUACAUUGACCAGAGUCAGUCCCUGAACAUCCACAUCGCAGAGCCCAACUACGGCAAACUGACCAGCAUGCACUUCUAUGGCUGGAAACAAGUAAGUGAGAAAAAGAGGACAGGACUGAGAGUGACGUCUUAUCAUGACUGUGAAAUGUUAAAUUAACUAACUUCUCUCACCACAGGGGCUCAAAACAGGAAUGUAUUACCUGCGGACCAAACCCGCAGCUAACCCCAUCCAGUUUACCCUGAACAAGGAGAAGCUGAAGGAGGCGCCGGAGACGACGGUCAAAGCAACGGAGGAAGAGAUCAAAGAGAAAAACAUGGCCGCCAUGGUGUGCUCUCUGGAGAACCGCGACGAGUGCCUAAUGUGUGGAUCUUGAACUCGUUUUACUCGUGUUACUGUGACUUGAUGUUGACGCUCUGGCUUAUCUGCCUCAUGUUACACAUGAUAGUUUGUAACAGUUCCAAAAAAAAAAACUUUAGCCGUUUUUUCACUCAUUGUUUUUCGGGGCACUUCUGUGGGUUGGUCAGAAUUUAAAUAAUUUUAUUAGAAAUAAAUGUGUUCAGUCAACUCACUGAAAGAUAUAUUUAAUGAAAAUAAUUAACCUUUCAUACUAAAUAAAACUUUUUCUUCCAAGUUGUCAAA